GAAACUAAGGAAAUCGUAAUCUACACAUGUCAUGUCAAAUCUGAAAUCAAAACCAGUGAAAUGUUAGAGCCUACUUUUGUAACACUAUAGCAAAAUUGACAUUGAGGAUAUAAUUUUAUUCAGUACAAAUAGGGUAUUUGCACGGCUUUUGCUGGCCAAACUGGUUUGCAGAGCAACAGCGUCAUUGCCUCUUGACAGAACUAAGCAGAGUAAAUUGUGCAACAGCGGGAUAAUCCUAUCGAGGUGAAUAUGGAUGCUGAUCGAAUUUUGGAGAGCCUUGGAAGGUUUGGACUGUUCCAGAUCCUGUUUUUCCUUUGUGUUUCGUUUAUUUACAUGAGAGGCGCAUGGCCUGUGAUGGUUAUUCUAUUUCUGGGAGGAGACCCCGGUCAUCAUUGUAAGGUGCCUGCAAAUGAGACAGUUGAUGCCAUUAUUCCUUUGGACUCAACUGGAGGCUAUGAAAAGUGUUUGAUGAAAUCUCCAACAACCAAUCACAGCGUGUCAUGUGACCAAGGCUGGACAUACGGAAGUGAAUUUGAGUCAACCGUCUUAUCAGAGUGGGACUUGGUCUGUGAUGACAAUUUCCUGGUGGACCUAUCGUCCACUAUUUACAUGGUGGGAAAUACACUGGGAGCGCUGUGUCUGACUCCGCUAUCAGAUAAAUUCGGCAGGAAGUGGGUCAUUCUAGUGAUGCUCUGGAUACAGGGGGCCAUUGGGAUAGGAGCUGCCUUUUCCAGCAGUUAUGUCAUGUUCACCGUGCUGAGAUUUUUCAUUGCUGUAUUGAACAUGCCUAUUGCCUUGACAACCUACGUCAUGGUGACAGAAAUGUUUCCAGCUUCCAGUCGCUCCUUCCCGUCAGUGGGCAUCAACUGUUCCUGGGGGGUGGGGCUGGUCGUCCUAGCUUUACUGGGUUACUACAUACGCGACUGGAGGACGCUUGAGCUGGUCAUUUCCAUUCCAAACUUUCUCACUAUUGUUUAUGCCUGGUUUUUGCCAGAGUCCAUUCAGUGGCUGAUAGCAAACAAGAAGUAUAACAAGGCAAAAUCAGUCGCCAAGUUUGCUGCCAAAGUGAACAACAAGACCAUUUCUUCCGAUCUUUUGGAGGUCCCGGCACCUGAGCCUGAGGAGACCCCGGGCGUGGGUCAGAGUCAGGAGGGUCUUCUCAGAGUCAAGGAAAGAAAGAAGUUCACUGUCCUUGACCUCUUCAAGACACCGAAUCUGAGACGAUACACCCUAAUUAUGUUUUAUUUGUGGACUGCUGACAGUGUGUGCUACUUUGGAAUUCUUUUUGCCACACCCCAGCUCCAUGGUAACCAGUUCCUGAACCUCGGCAUUAGCGGGAUCGUAGAAAUACCAGCUCUCAUCAUUUGCAUGUUUAUCAUCAACAAGGUUGGGAGGCGAAGACCUGUCAUCUUUUUCCUAUUGCUGUCAGGAAUUUCAAACAUCAUCACUAUUUUCAUUCCCAAGGAAACAGGUUCUGGAACGGACUUGGUAUGGCUGCAGAUAACAAUGGCCAUGAUUGGGAAGUUUGGAAUUACAGGAGCUUAUUCUUUGUCCUAUCUCUACUCCACAGAAAUCUUCCCCACAGUUGUCAGAAACCAUGCACUGGGGCUGUCAUCUUUCUUUGAAAACUUGGGAGGAAUAGCUGCACCCCUAAUAGUAUAUGCAACGAGCACCUCAGAUAACUACAUUCCUCUCGUUGUGUUUGGGGUGAUCAUGGUGGUGGGUGCUAUUCUGGCCUACUUUCUUCCAGAGACGCACAAAAAACCUCUCCCGGAAACGAUCGACGACAUCGAAAAUGUCACCAGAGGGGCAGCCACUCAGACUGAGGACACGUAUCUCUAAUCCGGUCAAGGACAUGUAGAGAAAUGAUUGAAGGUCACAAACAAUGUACCUAAUGUUAUUUACCGGGAUAUUUCCAGUGUGGAUUAUAUUCUGUUUUGUUCAUAUGUUGAAAUCUCAGGCACAUUUCUUGCAUUUUUGGGGGGAAAUCAAAUGACAACAUAUUUGGUUUUUUCUAUGGAAAAAUUCAAAGUUUUGACCUUUUAAAAAUUUUUUUUUUCAUAAUUACAGAAAACAACACUAGAUGAGGAUAUGGAAAAAACAUACAUGUAUAUAUAUUGGGUUUCCACUUUGUUUUGGGAAAAAUUGUUUCCAUAUACAUGAUCUCAGUUCUCGAAUUAUCUCUGUUCAAAAAAGGGAAAUAUACCUAAUACUGUAUGAUUUCAUAUUCUUGUGUUAUAUAACAUUUACUUCAUAGACUUCAUAGUGUAUAGGUUUUUUCUUUUCAUAUACUAGAAAUUCUUGGCGAUUCUACUUAUUCUAAAUAGAUCAAGUGUAGCAGUAACUGAGAUAUAAAAAAAUACAUAUCAAAACUGGUCUACUCACAGUGUCUGUGGUACACACAUACACACUCUCACAAUAGGCACAUAUCAAUAAUUGUCUCCCCUUCCCAGAAGGGGGACAUAUAUUGUCUUAGUGUAAAUUCUUUUUCUCAUACAAAGUUUGUCCGGGCCAUAACUUUUUUGUCUUUGAUAUUUGGUAUACCACGUUUUUAGCGCUAGCUUUUUAGUGUCACGUACCAUUUCUAUGACCCUUGACCUUUUAUGUAAAGAUCAGAUACAUGUAAUUGAAUUUUUGGGGCAUUUUUGUUUGUCCAGACUAUAACUUUUUUUGUCUUUUGACAUAGACCUUUGAUAUUUGGUAUACCAUGGUAAGACAGUGUAUCCCAUAUUUGAUGACCUUUGACAUUGAUCUCUUAUGUAAACUAUGGGAAAUGGAAGGAGAUACAUUACUUUUAGUGUGCUAAAACAUUCUUCCUAGUUCAAGUUUGUAUUGCAACUCUUCAUUUGAGGAGGUAGAAAAAUAUUCAGAAUCCAAGUCUUCACAGCUUACCCCUGUUAUUUUCACUCCAAGAGCAUAGUGUAUUUUAUUGUAUGGACACUUGCCAGUCUGUGUGACAUAUCAUGCAGGGUUUCUCAUGUUAUUUUGUAGGGUUAUUUAUUCAUAUAUAAUAUGUUAACGGUAUGACCGUUGAGAUGAGUGAAGACCCAUAACAUCUUACAACACGACUUGGGGAAAUAUUCUUUUAACGCAGGGAAAAUAUAACGCGGUUGAUGUAAACAGUUCAUUGUGACGUCAUCAUUAGCUGCGAUUGUUUUUCUUUCAAAUCAAGCAAUUAUCCACAACAAAACGUACUAAGGUAUGGGAAAGCUUGUCUGGAAUUUAAAAUCAUUUGUGGUAACUUCCAAACUAUUUAUUUGUUUUAUCUACGGGGUUGUCAAUGAAGUAUUCCGCAGUGACGGCAACAUUUUUCCGGAAGCAUUAUGGGUAGUCCCCAUCAUUUUUCAGCUGAUGAAGAGCAAAUCAUGUGACUCAAUAUUGCGUAAUCAUUGGAGCGAGCUCGUUGCGUUGCUUGCUAUAAAUAUAUUUUUCUGUGCUUAAACAUUUUUAGUGCUAGCUUUUUUGUAUAUGUUUUAUUUAUGUAAAACUUUUUGUUUGUCCAGAGGAAGAGACAACUUGUCCCUAAAAUUUGACAAUCUAAAUGUUAAUUGUGUUGGUUAUUUUAGUGCAUUAUAUAAUGUUUGCCUUUGACCUUGCAUCCACUUUAUGGAUUGGACACUUUUUAGGUAUCAAUUGUUGUUGGAAUUUAGUGCUUUAUAUAUAUAUAUAUAUAUAAAUGUGCUAUUACAAGUACAGAAAUCUCCUUGCUUUUUUUCUCUGAGCACUUAUUAUAUAUAAGACAGCAUAUUUAUCAGGCAUUAUCAAUGAAUAAUUAUUUACUAUUUUUCAUAUAUACAUUUGUGUGAAUUUUUGAUGAAUUGUUUUGUGUCCUUUCUGACACUUUAGCUUCCUUGAUGAAUGGCUUGAUCGUGACCUGUACAAAUUGAGUUUGGAAGAACUAAACAUAUCUGUCUGACCAAUAUUAAAAAUUUUACUGGACCAAAUAUGAUUAUAUGAAGUUCAGCAUUGAACAGUUUUUAAAAUGUUUCCUUUGAAAUUUCAGGGUGGUUUAGGAAAAUGUUUAGGUCACAAAUUGAAAUGGAAUGCGAGGAAUACUUUGUGUAAGAAUGCCAUUAAUAAAGAUCAUGUAAAACUAUAAAUGGAUGAGGUCCAGCCAUUGAUCACUCUUAGGGCCUCCGUGGCCGAGUGGUUAGAGCAUCGUGCUCAAAAUCACACAGCCUCUCACCUCUGUCGGCGCGAGUUCGAAUCCCGCUCACGCCGGUAAGUGAGAAAGUUUCCCAGUUUACUUUCGGAAGGUCGGUGGUCUCUCCCCAGGUACAUUGUAUGUGGGUUCUCUCUUCCACCAAUAAAAAACUGGGCGCCACCAGAUAACUGAGAAAUUGUUGAGUGUGGCGAAAAACAUCAAUCAAUCAAUCAUUAUCUUCUCUUGUCACUUGUUUAUACAUGAUCAACAUUUGAUAGCUGCAUCCCUGUUGACUAAAUUACUUUUUAUUUGAAAUGUGCCCUGUCUCUUAAAUACAUGUAUAUUUUUCUGUAUUUCUUUUUUUUUUUUUCAGAUCUGAAAUAUAUUUUUGUGUUAUUUCUCAAAAGUGGGUUUUCAGAUGAUUACUUGUAGCUGCCAAUAAAAAUUUGGAACAAGUUGUUUAUUACAUUUUUAAAAAUUAACAAAUUUUUCACCCUCCGUAGUGAAUUAGUCUAAUCCCUGAAGUACAGAACAUUAAUGGUUAUUUUUAAACAAGGGAAAAAAGAUUUAAAAUUUUUUAAAUGAGAAAAUUUUUGUUCGUCUCAUGUUUUCACUGUUUAUUGUUUCGAUUGACAAUUAUCAUUUGGAGUGUCCAGUUUGGAAUGUCCGGUUUGGCGUGUCUGGUUUGGAAUGUUAGGUUUAGAGUGUGUCCAGUUUGGAGUGUCCGGUUUUGUUAGUGAGAAUUAGAUCUUAUACUUUUAUUUAGUGUAUGACCUUAAACUUAGUGUGUUGAAUUUUGUUAAAGUAACUUCUAUUUGUUGGGUGCCAUAUUUGUAGAAUUUUAUAGAUCUAUUCCAGUUAGAUUGUUUGGUGUCUUCAUUAUAUAUAAAUGUAUUUUAAGGGAAUACCUUUAUGUUUUAUGUUCACUACUUUUGAUCGGUGCAUACAUUGAGUGUUCAAAUUAAUUAUGGGAAAUUUCUGUGCAUCACAUUUUAUGUUGAUGAAAUUUGCUAUUUAAAUUAUGAACUUACUUGUUUAAUAAUCUGCCAUAUAGAUUAUAAACUUUACUUGUUUAAUAAUCUGUCAUAUAGAUUAUAAACUUUACUUGUUUAAUAAUCUGCCAUAUAGAUUAUAAACUUUACUUGUUUAAUAAUCUGCUUUAUAAAUUAUAAACUUUACUUGUUUAAUAAUCUGCUAUAUAAAUUAUAAACUUUACUUGUUUAAUAAUCUGCUAUAUAAAUUAUAAACUUUACUUGUUUAAUAAUCUGCUAUAUAAAUUAUAAACUUUACUUGUUUGAUAAACCUCGAUAUUUUUGGUUUGUCAUGAAGUUUCAAUUUUAAAUACCCCCCCCCCCCCCCCCCCCAGACAGUGUUCAUAUAAAGGACUCUUCAGUUUUACUGAUAUGGCUCAUAUAAUAUAAGAAUUUUUAGAUUUUCCCAUAACUGUUAAUAUUUUCACAUAUAAGGAUUCUGUUCUUUUGAAAAAAAGUGUGUUGUUACGUUGUAUUGUUAUGCGGUGUGGCUGUAAUUUAACGAGUUUGUCAGGGCUUUGAACAAUGGAAUAAAACUGAUAUAAACAA